AUGAGAGCUGUGGCCCCAGCCCUGCUCCAUGGCUCCCUCAGCCUAGCACCUCUUCAGCCAGACCCAGGACCAAGCUCACAGUAUGACCUGUCUGGGACCAGAGCUGCUCUCCUUCUGGCUGUGAUACAAGACCGGCUAGGGUCACGGCACGAUGUGGCAGCACUCAGGGACCUUUGCCAGGUCUUGGGCUUCAAGGUCACCCUGAGGAUAGACCCUUCAGCUCAGGCCUUCCGGGAAGAGCUGGCUCAGUUCCGGGAAAAGCUGGACACUCACAAGGGGGGCCCUGUGAGCUGUGCCCUGGUGGCCCUGAUGGCCCAUGGGGGACCACAGGGGCAGCUGCUGGGGGCUGAUGGUCAAGAAGUGCAGCCAGAGGUGCUGGUGCAGGAGCUGAGCUGCUGCCGGGCACUGCAUGGCCACCCCAAGAUCUUCCUGCUCCAAGCCUGCCAUGGGGGGAACAGGGACCCAGGUGUGGGGCUGAGAGCUCUCCCGUGGUACUGGCGUUGGCUGAGAGCACCCCCAGUCACCCCUACCCAGGCAGAUGUUCUCCAGAUCCACACCGAUGGCCCAGGCAGCCCUACCUCCACUGCAGGGAGCUCUGGCCAAGCUGACAUCCUUACUGUGUAUGCAGCUGCUGAGGGCUGUGUGGCCUAUCGGGAUGAAAAGGGCUCAGACUUUGUCCAGACGCUGGUGGAGGUCAUCAGGGCCAAGCCUGGAGGAGAUCUCCUUGAACUGCUGACUGAGGUCAACAGGCGGGUGUGUGAACUGGACGUUCUGGGGCCAGACAGUAAUGAGCUGCGCAAGGCUUGCCUGGAGAUCCGCAGCUCGCUCCGGCGCCGGCUUCGUUUAUAG